AUGGAUGUGGUUAAUGCUGCCCACAUUGAGUGGGCCCGCUUUUUUGGUCUGUUACAACUAGACCCGCUUAGAAGUGACCCCGGAGGAUCAAUGGAGGGUCGAUCAUGCCGAGUCGCCGGCGGUGCUGUAGGGAGGACGCGUCAUUUGCGAGACACAGAGGUCGACCAACUUGCUUUCCCUCUAGGCACCAGCCUUGGCACCCUAAACUCUCGGAACGUAACACAACGAUCACCAGAUCAGACGUCCUCCUAUGUUUGCUCGCUCGUAAUGUUCCCAACACCAACGCUGAUAAUUCGGGACGAUGGCGAUGAUGAUCCUCCGAGAACAGACUGCACGAGUGCGGUGCCGGGACCGAAUGGAGCGGUUCCUUGGGACGCCUGCAAUUCAAAUUACAACUUCCAUCCCGAAUUGACACCUGCGAUUGCAACAGCUUCGAUAUUUGGUGUUCUGACUUUAGUUCAUCUUAUCGAAGCGAUAUGGUACCGAAAGCCUUUCACAUGGACAGUUCUUAUGGCGGCAAGCUGGGAAAUGGGCGCAUUCAUUCUUCACGCAUAUGGCUCGCAAGAUCAACAAGCCCAGGGGUACGCCACAGGCCAUCAGGUGUUAUUCCUGUUGGCUCCUGUAUGGCUCAACGCCUUUGUUUACAUGACAUUUGCGCGAAUGGUUUACUUCUUCCGACCAGGCGGGGAGCCUCGAGUUUGCUACAUUCCAGCAAGAUGGCUCGGACGCAUCUUCGUCGUUGCCGACAUCGCCACAUUCAUCGUGCAGGCCACGGGAGGUGUCAUGGCUGGCCCGACAGUAGAGCCUAAUACAAGGGCAAAGGGGGUCAAGAUCUACAUCAUCGGCAUGGGUGUUCAAGAGGGCUUCAUUGUGGUUUUCUUGAUGUUGAUGGCUCGCUUCCAUUAUCGUGCUCUACAAAUGAACAGGGAAGAUAUGUACGGACUGGAAGGCGGGUCGUACGACCGCGAGGAUGAAGAAGGCUACAUGCCACGACGGAACUGGAAAGCCCUUCAGUUUGCACUUUAUGCAGCUUUGCUUGCAAUCACGGCCCGGAUCAUCUUCCGUCUCGUCGAGUUUACCGGAGGCAUGACUCCUGAAGAGAACCCAAUACCUUUCACAGAAGCAUACGCAUAUGCCCUAGACGCCUUCCCCAUGAUGUUGGCAUUGCUUAUUCUCGCCGUCAUACAUCCUGGUCGAGUCCUUCAGGGUACGAAUAGCGAGUUCCCCAGGAAAGGAUGCCGACAGAAGCGUAAGGAGAAGAAGGAGAAAAAGGCGGUAAGAAAGGCAGCUAAGGUGGAGCGCAAGGCAGCCAAGGAGGAGAAGAAUCGAAUCAAGAACGACCGGAAAAAGAUGAAGACAUAUGGAGAGGUACCUGAUGCAGAACCGGAUAGCUAUGGGAUGGGGCUGAUUGAUGGGCAGAACCACGAGCCCAUGCGAUAUGCAGACUACGCUAGGCUGUCUGCUGUCUUUUCGCCUUUUCCACGACACUUUUAUCCGCUGCUCGUCUAUACCACCCAAGGAACACAGCUCCUUACCACACCUGACUCACCCGAGUCUGCCAGCGAGACAAUUAAUCUACCCCAAGAACGUCGCUUUCAAGAACACACCGUAUUACCUUCGCUCUCUCUUACGACUUGGCACUCUCCUUACACCAUUGAAUGCAACGUAGGCUAUCCAUGUCGGCGUCAGAAGACCCAAGGAGGGGGCACCCCCGGUGGAUCUGCCAACGCUUUUGAGUUUUUUUUGCAUUCUCACGCAAUAGCUUUCGGAGACCUCCAGGUCGACGCUGAUGCACAGACUAUCAUGUCAAGAAGUCAGUCAGAGGUCAUCGAAGACUGGGUCAAGACACCGAUACCACCCAAGACCGCCGACAUGCCUUUCCUGAUACUCGACUCGGCGCUGCCAUUCGUGGCUAUCCUGUUGCUUCUUGGAGUCUUCUUGUUCCAACUUGUGUACCGAACUUUCACAGGAGGUCUUUCGAAAGUCCCCUCCGCUCACUGGACUUGCUCUUUCAGUCCCAUUUGGAUUCUUUGGCAGCGCUACCAUGGGAAGGAAUUGAAAGCUGUUCUCGCAGCUCAUAAAAGACUGGGCAAGAUUGUACGAGUCGCGCCGCAAGAGAUCAGCAUUAGCGACUAUGAGACUGGUGUUCGUCAAGUCUACAACGCCGGGUUCGAAAAACCGGGAUACUUCGAUUUCUUCCAAUACUAUGGUUCUGAUACCCCCAAGUUGUGGCAGUUUCACUUACUAACCUACUUGUGUUUUAGACAGCGGAACUCUUUUGCCAGCCGGAGCCGAGCAGACCAUGCCGCAUGCCGCCGACGGGUCUCCUCGUCUUACUCCAAGACGACACUCUUUGCCUCCGAGACGCUGAGCAAAGUAACUCACAGCAUCAUGUACCAACGUCUCAUCCCAGUCCUCCAACAUCACUCUGCACACGGACAACCGGUAGAGCUUCUGAGACUCUGUUAUGCCUCAGGGUUGGACAUGCUCAACUGUUACAUUUUGGGUCUUUCCAGCGGACCCGACUUUACUCGAAACCCUGAGUUGACAGAGAUGUGGCUGGAGCACUACGAGAACAGAUACAGUCCUCAGGGUUUCUGGCUUCAGGAACUCCCCAAACUCUAUCACGGGCUUCGUAAGAUCGGACUCGAUGUGAUGCCUCGUAAGCACUAUGAGUCGACCGAGUGGAUCGAGAACUGGAUGUUGGAGCAUUGCGACAAGUCUGAGGCAAUGUAUCGACGCAUGCAGAACGGCGAGCAGCCUCCUGCGGAAGACGUCCCAGUUGUGUACAAUCAACUACGAAAGGCUAUGUCUAACUUGAAAGACGGCAAAUUCCUCGAUAUGCAGGCGUCGGAAGAGUUGUCUAGAAUCUCUAUCGCCAGUGAAAUUUUUGAUCACAUGUCCGGCGCUCGCGAGGUUUUUGGCCUCGUUCUUGCCUACGCGGUUUACUAUCUUGCUCAGAAUCCAGCUCAGCAAGAAAUGUUGAAGCAUGCGGUUGCGGGACUCGGAAUGCACGUGAAUCAAGUCGGUCACAGUGACGCUAAUAGUCUGCCUUCGCCUCAAACAAUUGAGUCGAUCGCAUAUCUGCAGGCUGUCAUCAAGGAGUCUCUGCGCAUGAGACCCAACAGCACCCCGCUACCACGCAUCACACCUCACGAUAAAUCUGUGAGCAUCUCGGGAGUCGACGGUAUUCCAGCGGGCACUCGGGUCAACUGCUUCCAAUGGUUUUUGCACCGGAACCCUGAAAUGUGGACACAGCCAAACGCCUGGGUUCCUGAACGCUGGCUGGACCCGAAUGGAGCAGAAAGGACCGAUAUGCCUCCUCUCUGGGCCUUCGUCACCGGUCCGAGGGCUUGUAUAGGAACACAACUGACGUACUAUCGUAUCGAUGAUUCCCAGGAAGAUGCUAACUCGACCUCAGUGUUCGGAUACAUUUUGGCUGGUCUGUUCUCCAACUUCAGUGUCCAAAUCGCCCGCCCUGAGACCUACGGUCGCCACUCACCAGGAUCUCUAGAAGACGAACUCUUUGUCUUAAUGACACCGAUUGCUGCAUAA